UGUUCGCGAGACUGAAGUAUGAGGUAAACAAACCGUUGGCUCUUCCGGUGAUGAUAGAAGUAUCUAAACCGUGUAAAUAUAGUGUUAACCGAACACAAGCUUUAUUUUCUUUAACUGUGUGUUUGUUUCUGAUGUAUUGUGGUGUGUGAGAGCUGGACUCGCAGUUCAGAAAUGUAAAGUGAAGCAUGCUAAACGAUGCUUUAGCUAGCUAGUUGUAGCUAAACAUCAGGGACACCACACUGCUAAGCUAACAACAGACUACAACAGUUUGGUAUAGCUACUCUUUUUUAAAAUCAAUGUGUUGAUACUUAAUCAUUCUGAGGAAUCAAACAAGGCAAAGGAUCCUAGUUAUGUUAAAGUAAGGCUUUGAGGUGAUGUAGCUUCCAGCGAUGGCUCACCCUGCAUCAGCAUUCAGUGUAACGUCUGCAGAGGAGGCUGAGACUUCAGAGCAGAGUGUUUUUAAAACAGCACAACUUUCACCAAGCAGGGAAAUAAGAUAAGUAACAACCUGAUGGUGAUGGAGAAUGAUGGAUGACCUGACAGCAAAAGAGGGCCACCUACCCUGGGUCGGCCAGAAUGGCUGGUCUACAACUUCAGCUCAAGGACCCCUCCUGAACCCCAUGUCCAGCUCUCAGCAUCUGAGCCUGGGCUCAUCUUCUAUCCAGAGAUCCUCCUACAACCACCUGCAGGUGCCCAAUCAGAGCUGUAUGAGAGACCUCAGCAGCUUAUUGUCCAGUAACAGCCCUCAUCAGUCUGCCUUGUACAAAGCCUCUCAAGCUGGCAGCAGUCCGUCACCAGGCAUGCUGUUUGCCGACACUGUUAUGCCCAAUGUACCUCAGGUUAUUCCCUUUGCCCAGGAAAUCCCUCACACUUCAUCCAUGCUACUCUCUGCUAACCAAGGAAAGAGUAUCCCCUCACUGUCUCUUAUCCAAAGAAACCAAGCACAACAACAUCUAUCACUUCCCCCACCACAAGACCCUUACAAAGUGUCAUUUCAACCUCAAAUAACCAGUCAUGGAUUACCAAACGGACUUCAAACUCUGCCCAUCAGCCUUCCAUCAUGUGGACUAAGUGUAAGUACACCUCAGGCUACUUUUGAAGGAGCAAAUGCGGAGUUUGUGGAGUUUGCUGGUGUUGCUGGAUGCACUCACAGCUAUACCUCAUCCACUUCUCAGGAGCAGUGCCAGUGGAUCCCUUCAUCGCUGUGCAGGGGAGCUGUGAACGAGUCUCUCCCCGGUGCAGCUGCUCAUCCAAACAAAGAGCAAUCGCAAGAAGGGAACAUCAAUCCGCUGGCCAGCAAUGAGAGACAGCGUUUGGUCCUUUUAAACCAGCGUGCUCAACUUCUUCAGCAACUGGCAGAGCUGGAUAAAGCUCUGGAAUCAAUGCCUCCAGAAGACAGCAGUGAUGGCCAGCCUCCACACACAGCUAACCAGCCUACCCCAUCAAUGGAAGAUUCCCAGUGUGAAGAAAUGAAGACCAGUGAUGCCCAGCAGGACCAGGUGCCCACAGCCAAGUCAGAGAAUAAAGAACCCGACUCUGCAGAGUCAGGGGACGACGGUAAUCUGGAUGACCCUGUGAGUGAUGAUGACUUUUCUGAGUUUAUUCCUGACCCUGCCGGGUUCUCCUCAGACGACUCCUAUCACAGCCGGCCCUCGACCCCUGUAGACGAAAAACCCGUCCUCUCAGGGCAAGAAUCCAACGAAUCAGGAAGUCCCCCAAGUAAGGCCAAAGAUGUUGGAACUCCAAUUAUGUCGAGUGGAAUAUCUUGGAAGAAGUCAUCUAAAAUUGCAGUGACGCCAACUCCAAACUCUAAAGGGAAACCUUGUCGUUUAAGAAAGAACUAUUGCCUGUUUUGCUCUAAGCCAGUUACAAAAAUGUCACGACACUUUGAGGCUAUCCACAGUGACAAACCAGAGGUCGCAGUUGUAUUUCAGUAUCCCAAAAAGUCCAAAGAAAGAUUGAAGAUAUGGAAAAGACUGAUAAAUCAAGGGAAUUUUCUUCACAACAAAGAUGUCUUGAAGACAGGGAAGGGUCAACUUACUGCCCGAAAACGUCCAAGCAUGACCAGACAAGCACAAGACUUUCUUCACUGCCUGUACUGUCGGGGUCUUUUCCUAAGGAGAUGUUUGCGGAAGCACAUAAGGUCAUGUCCAGAGAAAGUGAAGAAUGAAAAUCAGUUAGAGGUCGGUAGAAGACGUAUCGCAGCGCUGUGUGCGAUGGAAGCCUCAGAGGACCUCUGCAUUACUGAUGGUUUGAAGAACAUUCUGUCUGUGAUGACAUACGAUGAAGUGACGCGAGCCAUCAUGGAUGAUCCUGUUGUCCUGCAGCUCGGGGAGCUCCUUUUCAGCCAGCAUGGAUCCGAUGAGAAGAGGCACGAAUACAUUCGACAAAACCUUCGCCAGCUAGCAAGACUGGUACUUGAAGCUCAAAAAACAAGCCGUCUUAAGAAACUGGAGGACUUCUUUAAGCCCUCCAACUUUCCAGACGUGGUGUCCACAGUGAAAGUCCUGGCUGGCUUCGAUCCAGAGACUAAAACAUACAAAGCACCCUCACUUGCCGUCAAGCUUGGCUACAUCAUACAGAAGGCCUGUGCUAUUGUGGAGGGUAACGCAGCGAAGCGCGGUGAUGCACGUGCGGCAGAGUCUGCACGCGAAUUCCAGUUGGUGUACCAGGAAAGGUGGACCCAGCUCAUUUCUUCAGCUGCAUUAAAAACGCUCCGAAAAACAAAAGUGCUGAGAGACAAGAAGGUGCCGUUUGCUCGAGAUGUGAAGCGCCUAAACUUCCACUUGGAGAAAGUUCACGAUCUUACAGAGACAAAACUCAGAGACUGCCCUUCUGUGGAAAACUACUCCGCUCUGACCAGGGUAAUACUCGCUCGAACAAUGUUCUUCAACAGGAGGUGUGCCAGAGAGGUAUCAUAUGUGGAACUCGAAGGUUUUAUGUCCCGGAAAAAGUCAAGCUUGCAAACUGGCAUGGACGUAUCCGUCUCAGAUCUGGAAAGAGCCAUGUGUGCGUACUUCACUAGGAUUGACAUACGAGGGAAAUGUGGGAGAACUGUCCCGAUUUUUCUAAAACCAUCAUUCGUGUCGGCUUUGGAGCUCAUGGUAGAAGUCCGUAAGGCGUGUGGAGUCCCCACGAAGAAUCCUUACCUGUUCGGGCGACCUCAUGGACUGUCACCCUACCACGGGUCAGAUUGCAUCCAGAAAUACGUCAAAGACUGCGGAGCUGAGGACCCUGAUGCACUGAAAUCCAAAAAUAUCAGGAAGCAUUAUGCAGAAAUGCUACAGAUGAUGAACCUGGAUGAAAAUGAGGCCAACCUCAUUUUAGGCCCAAAUAAUCAAGUGCAAACCCUGCGACGGGACACUGACAUGCAUGACGCCGCCGCAAUGCAGUCGGAUGAGCGAUUACCUCAAGCUGCAUCAUGGGAUCAGAACGAGUGUUCCAGUGCACCCAAUGGACCAUCAACAUUUAAUCAUCCACCAGCACAUGAAGAAAUGAGAGGCGACAACAUGACGACACCUCAACCGUCCGUCAACCCGGAUAAAAAAGGGUCCAAAAGUAAGAGUAUCCACAGGACAUGGGAGGAAGCGGAGGUCCAGGCUGUUGAAAGACACAUGAUGCGUUUCAUUCAAAGACAAAAGGUGCCUCAGAAAGACGACUGCGUUGAGUGUCUUGAGGCUGAGCCUGAAGCGCUGAGCACCCGCUCGUGGAAAGGCGUAAAGGACUACGUGAGAAACAGGAUCACUGCCCUAAAAAGAAUAAGUGGAACCUCCAAAGCCUCAUAACAAACAGGGACUGUUUCGGGGAAGUGGAGCGACAGAGUGCAGAACCAUUACUGCAGUUUUUGAUGUUGAACUUUUUAUAUUUUUCUAUCACUCACAGCCCUUUGUUUCUCUUUCUUUCACUGUUCAGCCUCAAUAUUUGUAUUUUAUGCAACACAGCAAUCAUUUUCAUCUGCUAAUUUGUUUAAGAUGGAUAACUAGAAAUGUAAGCUUAUACUCACGAUUCGAUCUGAAUCUCGAUUUUUUUGUUCACGAUACGAUUCACUCACGAUUUUCAAGAAAACUGGAUUGAUUUGUUGGAAAUUUUCCGAACAAUUAUAAAACAAAGGAAAGUGAAUGAUUCCAAAAUGAAAGUAUUAAAGCUAGGGUUGGUAGCCAUGGAAAACUAGCAGGAAUUUGAAUGUAGCAUUUCCUCAGGACUCUGUCUGCUGUCGCCAUGUCUGUUAUGUACAACUCAGCAAGUGAUGAGAGAGCAGCGCAAGAGACUUAAUGAUGUUGAACAAGCGGAGUGAAAUGCAGAUAGCGCCUUAUACUGUUUAAAAAUAAUAUAACAAUGCAAAUUUUGUAGAAUCGAUUUUAAUCCACCCUUAUUUUAUAGAUUUUUUUACCAUCUUGUGAUAUGUCCUUACAUCCCUAUGGAUAACAGAUCCUCUUUUGGGGUUUGAUUUAUUUGCAGCUCCAAGUCAUCGCUCUCAUUUUGUACAAGUACAGCAUAUCUUCAACUGUUUUUUUUUUUACAUACAUACAUUUGGAAAGAGACGGGAUACAAUAAUCUGUCAUACAAGGUUUCAGCUGUGAGAUAACUUCUGUAACCAGGUUAGCAAGGCUAGGUGACUGUAUCUCUUUCUGCUGUUGGUUAUGUUAAAAAUUUGCUUGGCUUUGGGGAAAAAAAGGGUCAAUAAAGUGCCAAGAAUUGUAA